CGGUAAUUUAAAUUAGAAGGCGAUGCGGAAAUCCAAAUUAAGCAAUGAAGAGCAUGAUACUUGGUUGAUGACUUCUUCCUUUUCUUUAUUUUAAAAACUUCACUUCUAUAUCUACUACAAUGUAUAGUGGUAAUAGCGGUAGUCCUUCAAAAGGAAUCCGGUUUACCUUCUUGUCACCAUCUGACCAAGCUAAAUUUGAGCAACUUUUUAUUCAAGGUGCUGCUCAAUUUGGAGGAAAUCAGAUUGGAGCUCAGGCAGUAGGUGAUAUAUUGAAGCGCUCAAACCUUGACAAUGAAUCCUUGGCAAAAAUUUGGGAUCUCGCAUCUGUUGCCAACGCACCUUAUAUGACUUUUCCCGAAUUUGCAACUGCAAUGUAUCUUACUUCCCGGAAGCUUAUCGGACAAGAAAUUCCUUCUGCACUCCCACCUAGUAUGAGAGAGGAGAUAGAGAUAGCCAUAGCAACCAUUGCCUCAACAGAAACUUCACAACCAUCACAGCCGCAACAACAACAACAACAACAUCUCAUUGAUACAAGCUUUUCUCUGCAGCCUACAAUAAGCCCACAAGUUCCGAUGAUGACAGGUAUGAUGCCACAAAUGGCUCUAAGAACAGGUAUUCAGAACAUGCAAAGUUUAAGGCCUGCUGCACCUCAGAUGCCCAUGCAGACAGGGCUAAUGAACAACAGUAUGCCAAGUUUUCAAGCACCAAUGCACACUGGUUUCCACCCUACUCCGCCACCACCAAACAAGCCUCGUCUUCAGAACCUUGAUUUUGCGAAAAAGAUGAUGCCUGACCAGAACGGAGUGACCAAUCUUCUUAAUCCCAGCCUUGGAACAAGUGAAGCAGACAGAAUUUCUUGGAAAAUCAGUCCACAGGACAAAGCAAGAUAUAGGGAAAUAUUUAAUGCUUGGGAAGGCUCUAAUACUGGAUUUAUGUCGGGCGAUACAGCAAAAGAUGUAUUCACUCAGUCCCAAUUGCCGCCUAGAGACCUGAUGAAGAUUUGGAAUUUGGCAGAUUCAGAAAACAGAGGAAGCUUGGAUAUCGAUGAAUUUUGUAUCGCAAUGCACUUGAUCUAUAGAAAGCUCAAUGGCUUCGAAAUCCCUAAUAAGUUGCCUCCUGAAUUAGCACCUCCCUCUAGCGUUCUUAAAAAGUUCGUGCUCGGUCGUCGUCCUCCCCCCUCGGUCCCUUCGUUUAGUCCUCAGCAGCACCAUCGAUCUAUAGAAGAGCCAGAUGAGGAUGAUUAUGAUCAUCACGAAAAUGAUUACGUAUCAAGCUCUCGAAGAAAAGGCCAUACAAGCAGAUCUUUAAGAAGAUACAAUCAAUACGACGCCGAAGAAGAGGCAGAUCCUGUUAUUUUAGAAGACCUUCGUCGUCAGAUCUAUGAGACUAAACGUAAAUUAGACGGCAUCAAUAUCCCUCGAACCAAGGGUUAUAGCACAGCAACAAGCAAGUACACUUUAGAAGAGCUCAAAGAAAACAUUAGAAAGGCACAUGCUCAAUUGGAACAACUUCUUCAAAACAACAAUGCAGCCAGAAAGUAUACUGAAAACUCUGAAAUUUUACUUAAUUUGCUAGAGACUCAAAAGUCCCUUCAAGACGAGAUACAGUACCUCUGCAAUCGUGAUAUCCCCGUAUUGGCUCGUCAGCUUCGUGGUGCUGCUGCAGAGUUAAGAGAUGCAAAGGUUCGUCACAGCAAGAGGCAUGAUGGCACGCAGGACUAUAUGGCAUUCAUUCAACCCACGGGACCCGGAGGCUCAAUUACAGAAAGCGACCGUGUUCGCGCAAAGGCUAAAGCUAUGAUGGCUGCCCGUAAGAUGGGUAGCAGUGGUGCAAGCUCGGACAGUAGUUUCGUUCUUAGACGCGCCGAAGAAGAAAAGGAAGAUGCUGACAGAUUGGCUGAUACUAUCGAGCGUGACAUGGAGCGAUCAAGGACCGCUUUGCUUGAUAUGAGAGGUGACUUGAGAUACUUGGAGGAAAUGACAUCUUAUUUGGAAGACAAGAAGAGAUUUGAGAUAAGCCAGCAAGACCUUUCAUACGAACUUCGCCGCUUUAUUGAGGAGCUGAAUACAAAGCCUAUCUCUCAGCCCUCCUAUGCUUCUCGUGGUCUCACUAGCAGCUUCUCCUCCAUGAACAUUAGCAGUCAAAGUCCUACUGUCACGACACCCACUCUAUCGAAUGCUAGCCCUAGUCCAACGCCAAAACCUGCUCCUGUUAGGGCACGUACUGCUGAGGAAAUUAAAAAAGAGGCUGAACGCCGAGUACAAGAACGCUUAGCAGCUCUUCAAGCCAGAAGAAAUCCAGGUAGCUCACCUAAGCCUGCUCCGCCUACUUCAUCCAUACCUACUCCAUCCCCAUCUGUUUUAUCAGUCAGUAAACCAGAUGAGGCAGAAAUGGCUGCUCAAGAGCGUCUACGCAAUGCUGAGCGUGAAGCACAGGAACAACUGAGAGCAUCUGUUACUCAACGAGAAGGAUAUGAGAGACAAAAACGAGACAUGGAGAUUGAACGGGAAAGAAUCGAGCGACAAAAAUUAGAAGAUGAACAGCGCGAAGAGGAGCGUAUUCGUCAGGACAGAGAAGAAGAAGAAAGACGCCAUGAGCAAGAAGAAAGAGAAUUAGAGGAGCGAAGAAGGAAAGUACUAGAAAAAGAAGAAGCUGAUAGAAGAGCUAGAUAUGAAGCAAUUCAGCGUGAACAAGAAGAGGAGGAAAGAAGGAAGGCUGAACAGACUCAAGCAGCUCCAAAGGAACAUAAGCCUGAAGAAGCUCCUAACGUGCCAGAAGCAGUUUCUCCUUCAACUACCCCACCUGCUCCACCUGCUCCACCUGCUCCAUCAGUUCCAUCAGUUAUCCAUGAAACCAGUUCAGUGGCAAGCUCGACUAACCCCUUUGCAAAGUUUCAGCAGUCUACUUCAACUACUUUGGAAGGAUCUUCCCAAGCAGAGAAGCCCAAUGAAACAGCCAACAAACGCGUAAGCUAUAAUCCAUUUGCUGCAUUUUCCGCGUUUUCAGCUACUAAAGCUGGCGCUGAAGAAUCAGAUUCUGACGAUAGCUGGGAUGCAGAUGAUCAUGAAUCUGAAGAUGAAAGCGAGUUCCCUGCUGCCGGUAGCGCAAAGAACUUGGCAGGCAGGCUCUUUAGCGUUUUAAGUCAGAGACAAGGAGGCGCUUCACCUGUACCAUCACCUAAACCUUCAACAAUAAGCGCUCCCUCACAGGUAUCUACUCCUGCUUCUUCUGAUACAAGUAUACCACCACCACCUCCUCCUCCUCCUUCAGCAAACUCAACUGUUCCCUCUCCUCCACCCCCUCCUUCUAUCGUACCUAGCCCACCAGCAGUACCACCAGUUCCUCAAGCACAGCCUGCGCCUUCUCAAGCUAGUUCACCACCUUCAGGUGAUGCAAGAAGUGCUUUAUUAAGUCAAAUUCAAUUGGGAGCAAAAUUGAAGAAAGCAGUAACAAAUGAUCGCAGUACAUCUUCAGUGGCAGGUCGUGUUUUAUAAUGACAUGCUUACAUUUUUGAAAUAAAAUAGCUCCAAGUAAUUAUAUAAAAAUAAACAAUGGGAGGCUGAAAUUAAAUGCUGGACGGCAUCAAGGCACAAUCAUAGGC